GAAUUGUCAACCGGAUACUUGUUAUGAAGUUUGCACUAUCCGUACUCGAACCCCUUCAUAUAUAAUUUUUAAAUCCCAAACUUAUAUACUCAUUCUAUCUCUAUCUAUAUCUCUCUAUAUAUAUAAUACGUGACUCAAAAAAGAUAUAGUAGAGAGAAGCAAUACAAUUAAACACAACAUCCUUUGCUCAGCUCACGGAUCCAACACUACUUACUACUUGCUACCAACAAAAGCUAUAUAUAUAGAUAUAUAAGAAUUUGUUUAUUGUUAACAUAUAAGUAGUAUAUAUAGCUAGUUAAUUAUUAGCUAUGGCGGAGGAGUUUCAAAUUCAGGGAGGGAUUUGCGGUGGCGGGAACUGGUGGAACCCAUCGAGAAGCGUGUUUUCGGCGGCGGCCGCGUUGCCUUGUUCCAUGGGAAGUUUUGGAUGGCCGAAUAAUAUUAUUAGCCACGAUUUGCUUGACAUCAAGAUGACAAGGUCAUCUUCUUCGUCUGGGGAUGAGACUAAAAUUCAUGAUGAUCACUCUUGUAAUAACAUUUUUCAAGAUCAAAAAUCUCUUGGGCAUCACCUCCAAACAGAUGAUCAUAUAAGUAAUGGUAUUCUUAAUAUUGACUCCGCGUCAUCCUUGCAAAUGAUGGGUUAUGGCCUUUCAACCUCACCGACCUCAGAUUUCACAACUAACCAACCAUUUAUUAGUUCUCGAAGUAGUAAUAAUAUUAAUAAUGGAAGAAGUGAGAGAUCAAACAACAAUUUUUAUUCCAUUCUUCAACAAGACCACCUGGGUAGCGCCAAGUUGAAUUACGAAAACGAUUCAUCAUCUCAAAUCCAAAAAGAUUGUUGGACAAGUUGUACCACAGCCACUACAGCUACUAAUCCUCCGCCCAAGGAUUUCUCCGGCGACGAUAUCAUGGACACCUCCGCAACAAGCCAAGCCUUGUCCGCCGGCUUCCCGGUAUCCUCGUCUCCGUUCGAGUACACGUCAGCAACAUUGUUGCAAAAUUUGUUUGAGUGUGAAACUACAGCUACUACUACUACUUGUACAGCAACAGCAACAGCAACAAAUCAAUUGGCAGCACACGAACAAUCUUUUGGAAAUAGCAAUAUUAACCAAUUAUCAGUGAACAUCACUAACAGUAAUUAUGCUAACAAUAAUAAUAUUUGGCCAAGAUUCUCUCCCUUAAUCCUAAGCUCUCGUCCUUCGGCGCCGAUUCCUUCUCCUUCAGAAGCUUCUGGCUUGCACUUCUCCAACAAUACACCCUUUUGGAAUGCCUCUUCUUUGCCUGCUACUGCCGCUCCAAACGAUGGCGUUUUUCCAAAUUCUACACAACAAUCCCAGGCCCAGGCACAGCAGCUACGAUACGUUACACCAAAGUUUGAGGAAAAGAACCAUAAAUGUAACAAUUAUGUCACAAAUAAUAAGGCUAAUUCUAAUAUGGAAGAUAUUCGUCAUGAGUCGGCAGGAUCAGUUUCAAAGAAAAGUAGUAAUAGUACUACUGGGAAUGACCAACCCAUGGUGAAGAGACCUAGAAUUGAAACGCCGUCACCGUUACCUACUUUUAAGGUCCGGAAAGAGAAGUUGGGGGACCGAAUCACUGCUCUUCAGCAACUCGUUUCACCUUUCGGAAAGACGGAUACAGCUUCAGUACUACAUGAAGCCAUCGAAUACAUCAAGUUUCUGCACGAUCAAGUCAGUGUUUUAAGUACUCCAUAUAUGAAGAAUAAUGGAGCUGCCGUUCAAGCACACCAACAGGGAUCCAAUAAACUAGUGAAGAAGCAAGAUGAGUUAAGCCAAAAACAAGAUUUAAAAAGUCGUGGACUAUGUUUGGUUCCAAUUUCAAGCACAUUUCCAGUUGCCAAUGAGACAACAGCUGAUUUUUGGACACCCACAUCGUCGUUUGGAGGAGCCUUCAUCAGGUGAUGAUAAUCAUCAUCACACAAAUUAGCGGCCGCAAAGGCAAUUUCAACGGAAACGUUUAUCUACUAAUUAUUAUAAUUAUUAAGUAUUUUGGAUAAGUGAUCAUAAUUAGUAUGUCUUCUAAUUAUUACAAGUCUUAAUUAACAGUACUAUUUGAUUAUUUGGUUAGAGUAGUAAAUGGUACUGUUUGGUGACUUGGAUUAAAUUAGCUAGACAGAGGGCAAAGGAAAGGAGUAUAGUAAGUACUAUACUUGAUGAUGAUGAUGGUCAUCGAAAAGGUAGAUAAGCGCCCACAAUUGCUGUGCUGUGCCAGUCGUGAAAGAAAAGGCUUUACAAUUAAAAGAAAAAGAGCUCAUAAGAAAAGACAAUGAUUUUUCUUAGAGGGACAGAAUGCUGGGCCAGCUGCAAGCAGAAUGAUAUAGAUAUAUAUAUUUAUAUAUAUAUAUAAGUUGGGUAGAAGAAGGAAUAUAUGUUAUGUUAAUUAUGAAGCUAGCUAGUUUAAUUUAUAUAAAUAUCAUGAUCAGGUGGGUUAGGAGCAGGAACAGGUGCUAAAUUCAGCGGAAGUCGACAUUAAUUAAUAGUUGUCAUUUGUUAAAGCUAGCUUUAGCUUUUGUUAUUGUUGUUGUUUUCGGCUUUAUUUCUUUAUUUGGGUUGGCGAAUAGCUGAAUUUAGCAGAUGGGGGUUUUAGUCAUCAACAACCUUUUGUUCCUGUUUAAUGUAUAUGUAUAUAUACAGGCCUACAUUCCACCUUUUAUUAUUAAUUAAGAGUGAAAAAAGAUUACAGAAAAACAA